CCGGUGGGCGCCUGCGGGCGGCAGGCAGGCAGCGCGCCGGGCAGCCCUCGGCCGGCGGCCAUGGCGGCGGCGCGGGGGACGUCGCGGCUCGUGGUGGCGACCCUGCGGGGCCGGGGCGCGAGCUUGUCGGCCACGGCAGCAGAUGCUCGUGGUUUGACAACAGAAGAGAGGAACCAAGUUAUCCGUGACCUGAAAGCAGCAGGAUGGUCAGAAUUAAAUGAGAGAGAUGCCAUCUACAAAGAGUUUUCCUUUAAAAAUUUUAAUCAGGUUAACUUGGGCAGCUGCCCUCUCCCCCCCUCUGCCCUUGUGACCCUGGAUUGCCAGUGCAGUGUCCACUCAGAGGCAUUUGGCUUUAUGUCCCGAGUCGCCUUGCAAGCAGAGAAGAUGAAUCAUCACCCGGAAUGGUUCAAUGUGUACAACAAGGUGCAGAUAACCCUAACCUCGCACGACUGUGGCGGACUGACCAAGAGAGAUGUGAAACUGGCCACGUUUAUUGACAAAGCAGCUGCUUCUGUGUGAUUUCUUGGAAAAUGCAGACCCUGUGUGCCUCUUAGCCAUCAUGUAUGUGAAAGGCAGUUGACAUAAACGAACUCAGUUGUCAAUUUAAGUUCACCUUUUGAACAGUCUUUUGUACAAUCAGUGCUUAAUUACAACAUGAUUAAACUUGG